UUUAUCAUCUUCUUCACUCUCCUCUCUCUCUCUCUCUAGUCUCUCUCUUCCUAGAUCUCUACUGAUAGUAGAUGAAUUUUGAUAAAUCUUGUAACCCUAGAAAGAUAUAGGAAUUUCUCAUCAAUUUUGUAGACGGAUUUAGAAACAAUUGAAGGAGACCUUUCAUGGGUAUCUGUACUUCCAGGCCAGCCACAGAGACUAGUAUCUCCGACAAUGGCGUUGCUCCGGAGAAGAAUGUCUUAGGCGAGAUUAUACCUGUUGAAAACCGACAACAUGAGCUAAAAAAGCGGGAGGAUGUGAAGAAAUCGCCAUUCUUUCCGUUCUACAGUCCAAGUCCUGCACACUACCUGUUCUCUAAGAAGUCUCCGGCGAGAUCUCCUGCAAAUGCAAGUUCGAAUUCUACUCCAAAGCGGUUAUUUAAGCGGCCAUUCCCUCCUCCAUCACCGGCUAAGCACAUCCGUGCACUUUUGGCCCGACGACAUGGAUCCGUGAAGCCAAACGAGGCAGCUAUACCGGAAGGUAAUGAGGUGGAGGGCAGUGUAGCAGCACUUGAUAAGAGCUUUGGAUUUUCUAAGCAUUUUGAGAACAAGUAUGAGCUUGGGUCUGAGGUAGGAAGGGGACACUUUGGACAUACAUGUAGGGCUAAGUUUAAGAAGGGUGAACUUAAAGGGCAAGAUGUUGCAGUCAAGAUCAUUCCAAAAGCAAAGAUGACAACUUCCAUAGCUAUUGAGGACGUAAGAAGGGAGGUGAAAAUCUUAAGAGCUUUGACAGGGCAUAACAAUCUAGUCCAAUUUUAUGAUGCAUAUGAAGAUAAUGAGAAUAUUUACAUAGUGAUGGAGCUAUGUGAAGGUGGGGAGCUCCUGGAUAGGAUCCUGUCAAGGGGUGGAAAAUACUCAGAAAAUGAUGCAAGAGCUGUCUUGAUUCAAGUAUUGAAUGUGGUUUCCUUUUGCCAUCUCCAGGGUGUGGUGCACCGGGAUCUUAAGCCUGAGAAUUUCCUGUUUGUUACUAAGGAAGAAAAUGCGCAACUCAAAGCUAUAGAUUUUGGAUUGUCUGAUUUUGUGAAGCCGGAUGAAAGGCUGAAUGACAUUGUUGGGAGUGCUUAUUAUGUAGCCCCUGAAGUCCUCCAUAGAUCAUAUAAUACAGAAGCAGAUGUUUGGAGUAUAGGGGUAAUAGUGUACAUUCUACUGUGUGGUAGCCGUCCAUUUUGGGCAAGAACGGAAUCUGGAAUAUUUCGUGCUGUUCUGAAAGCGGAUCCAUGUUUUGAUGAACUACCAUGGCCUUCUUUAUCUGCCGAGGCAAAGGACUUUGUUAAAAGAUUGUUGAACAAAGAUCCACGUAAAAGAAUAACUGCUGCUCAAGCUUUAUGUCAUCCAUGGAUUAGAUCUGACAACAUAAAAGUACCCCUUGAUAUUCUGAUUUUUAAGCUCAUGAAGGCAUACAUGCGUUCAUCUUCGCUUCGUAAAGCUGCCUUACGGGCUUUAGCAAAGACAUUAACAGUGGAUGAGCUAUUUUAUUUGAGAGAACAAUUUGCACUUUUGGAACCAAACAAAAGCCGAACCAUAAGUUUGGAUAGCAUUAAAGCGGCUUUGACAAAAUAUGCUACUGAUGCUAUGAAGGAUUCUCGAGUCCAUGAAUUUCUAGCAUCUCUUAAUGCAUUACAAUACCGACGGAUGGAUUUUGAAGAGUUCUGUGCCGCUGCAUUAAGCGUGCAUCAGCUUGAGGCUCUUGAUAGAUGGGAGCAACAUGCUCGUUGCGCUUAUGAGCUUUUCGAGAAGGAUGGUAACCGGGCCCUUAUCAUUGAAGAACUCGCUUCAGAAUUAGGUGUUAGCCCGUCGGUUCCUAUACACGCGGUCCUUCAAGAUUGGAUAAGGCAUAGCGACGGAAAGCUAAGUUUCAUGGGUUUUGUCAAAUUGUUGCAUGGAGUGUCUAGCCGGUCUAUUGCCAAAGCACAAUAACAUUUCAAUUAUGGAAUCAUGGCCUAAUAUAAUAAUCAUCAUCAGACGAUUUUUCAUUGUCGCCUUCCACUCAUUCUCAUUCGAUCCUAGUUGUCUCACUGUAAAUUCAUAGCUGGCCUUGUUCAAUGUCUUAGAGGUCGAGGUCCAUAUUCUAAUGUUAAAAGAAAUAUUUGAUUUUCAAAGAGUUGGAUUCCCUCCUUGUCUGUCUUAGCAUUGUUAAUGUUGUUGUGGAAUUAAUAUAUUUGGUUUUUGGUGUCU